ACCAUCACCACGCUCAACAUCAUACAGUCCACCUCGAACGAACAUGAGUAGUCUCUCUUCGUCGAGCUCCACACAUAAUGCGCAUAGACGUACGACAGGACAAAGACAUCGAGCACUCUUCAAUGCGGCGUUCUCGGUGUUGGCAGUAUCUGCUUUGCCCGUCGUAAGCGCCCAGCGAGAUUGCUGGGUCGAUAGCUUUGGGAGAAGACAUUGUAGAUUGUCCUUGGGUGCACGAAUUGCCAUCGCAGUCGCCAUCGUCGUUGCAUUCCUCCUCCUCAUCUUCGGUAUCCUCCUCAGCCGUCGUCGUCGAAUCCAGCGUGCGAACAUGGCGUACGUUACAGCUCAACAACAGCAACAACAAACACCAUACGGUAACAACACCGGGGGAUACCAAUACGGAGGGACACCCUACCAACAAUACCAGCAGUACCCGCCACCAGAACAAGGAUACUACGGCCAAUACGGUGAGCAAGCUCCACAACAUGGAGGCUAUGCACCGCCGCCUGGUCCGCCGCCAGUCGGUUCUCAGGAGCCGCCGAGCUACCCUGGGUAUAACCCUCCGCGUAGUCCGCCGCAAGCCAAAGUAUAAUUUUAGGCGACGCACGAUGACUUUGGACUUUUGAUAGUGAUUCUCAUGUCGCGUGCUUCAAAAUAUUUCGUACUUUUCGAUACGUUUCGUCUACCUGUCGGAUUUAUCUCUCUCCGAUGUAUUUGAUCCGUUUACACACCGUCGUCUGUAUUUGCCUGUACACGCAGAGGGACGUACUCCCUCCUCUCACUCAUGCUAUUGAUCCUACUGGUUUACCUGUACUCUUUUUUUCGUGAUUUAUUUGUUUUAUGUUUACUUUUAUACUAGACAAGCAUCCUAGCAACUAAUUCACUCGUAACCGCAUCUUCACAAACGAUUCUAAUCCCUUUCGUCUGCAACGCUCUCGCAAUCAGCU